UGGGGAGUGGGUUCUUCUUUAUUAUAUUUUUUACUUCUCCCUUGCGUACAGGAUCUAUUAAUGUAGAUGGUUUGGAGUGUUGGAAAAUUGGAUGGUCAGUAGACGAGAAGAUGCAUAGUGUUUUCUUCCCGUGUCUUAGGCCAUCUAAGGAUUGCAUAUGUCGUUCACCCUGUUGUCCUGAAUCUUCCCUUUUUUACUCCAGUUUGCUCUUGGAUGUGAUGUUUUGUUUCGGUAUCAUGAUUUACAUGCAGCGGCGUAGGACCAAGUAUCUUGCAGCAUGACCAGGCCUUUGUCUGUCCUUUCUCUUCUGGCCCCUCCACAAUUUCAGCUCGCGUGUU